AUGUCCCAUAAUAAUCACCUAACGUUUAAUAUCUCGAAGGCAACGCCAACAACGUCCACAACGAAUGCUCAUACAACAUCGACUCCCCCAGCAUCGAACGAGGGAGCCAGUUCAGGCGGAACAAAUAGCACCAAUUCCAAGUCUCCGUUCUUGCAGAACAUAUUGUCUAAAUCAACACCAUCUGCUGGAAAUGUGUCUCCGCAGCUUGGUUCAGGAAGCACGGUCACGCCUACAUUUGUAAAUAUAGGAGAUGAAGGAUCGCAUGGUAAUUCAAUAAAAGAUAACCAAGCUGGUAAUAAUAAACCUGAUUUGAUUGAUUUAUUUGGUAAAUUCGAUAUUAGCAAUAAGAAAGGGAAUGAAGAUGAUGCUGAUCGAGAAGACGAAGAACCAAAAAUUGAUAUCAAUCAUGAUGAAGAAGCCAAAGAUGACAGUCAUGAUGAAAAAUUGACAAAUGAGAAGACAAAUAAACAAGAAGAUGAAAUGACAGAGACAUCAGUUGGUAAGCUGGUCGAAAAGGAGGAAUUAUCAACACCAAUUGAAUCCGAAGAAAUUCAGACUUCCAAGUCCACAUCAGAAAUGAUUGAGAAGCGUCCAACUACUAAACCAGCACAAGUAGAUGGCAAUGAUACUAAUAACGAGACCACCUCUGAUACCAACAUUGAUACUAAUACAGGUAUUAGUCCUGAUACUGAUACUAAUACUGACUCUAAGGCUAGCACUAAUAUUGACACUAGUACUGACACCAAUGCUGGCACUACUGACAAUAAUACUGACAACAAUACUGACAAUAAUACUGACACUAAUACUGACACUAAUUUUGGCACUACUAAUACUAAAAAUAAUAAUAAAACUAAUGCUGAGCUUGAUUCUGAGACUAAUCCUGAGCUACAAUUAGAUGAAAAAGAAGACGAAGCACAUAAUGAUCGUGACUUGACCGAUAUAACCGGUAACACUAACGAAGAUGACUCCGUUGCUGAAGAGUAUAGUUUACAUGAACAUGAGUCAACCCCAGUAGAAUCUGAACAAGAAGAGGUUUCUGAAUCGGAAGCUGUAACUAAGAAUAUACUUGAAUCGCAACAUAUGUCGGGUAAAUCUAAGAAGAAUCAACCGUUGAUAAGUUCUGAAGAGCAAUAUCAACAGUCGCAUAAACCAUUUGACUUCCAGCAGUUUUUGAAUCAUUUAAAGAAAAAAAGCGCAGACCCAAUUGUGCGUUAUAUUCGUUCAUUUUUAGUUUCAUUUAGCAGACAAGGUCAUACAUUUACGUCUGAUCAAAAAAUUAAGAUUAUUAGAGAUUUCAAACAAUUUAUGAACGAAAAGUUUUCUUUGUAUGAACCAUUUGCAUCAAUGGAUGACAUAGAUUUAGAGAACUCGAGAGAGGGGUUAGAGAAAUUGAUAAUGAAUAGGUUAUACGAUCAUUGUUUCGCGCCGGAAGUGGUGGCACAGGCACCAAACUUCAUACCUGAAUCAAUUCAAGAAGAUCUUCAAAAUGAUGAGAAUUUCCUCAGGCAGCUCGAAAAAUUCAAUUGGAUCAACGGAACUCAUCUUGACAUUGAUUUAAACUACUUGACAAAACAUAAAUCAAAGACAAACAAAGAUAAUUUGAAUUUCAUUGAUUUUGCUAUUGCAGAAUUAAACAAGAUUAAUAACUAUAGAGCACCUAGAGAUAAGAUUAUCUGCAUCUUAAAUUCAUGUAAAAUAAUAUUUAGUUUCUUAAGAGUGAGUAAACGAGAGACAAAUGCUGAUUCAUUUAUUCCAUUAUUAAUUUUAGUUAUUAUCAAAGCGAAGACUGAUAACUUGAUCAGUAAUAUGCACUACAUAGAACAUUUUAGGAAUGAGGAGUGGUUAUCACAUGGCGAGACCAGUUAUUAUUUAUCUUCCUUGCAAGGAGCAAUUGGCUUUAUACAAAAUUUAUCUUUCGAUGACCUUACUAUCGAUGAGGAAGAAUACAGUGCUCAUAUGGAAGCUUGGGAAGCUGAAGAGAGGCAGAGAAAUGCUAGGAAGCCCAUAGUAAUGCCAAUUCCCAAGAGAAAGAAUUCUGGAUUGGAAGAAUUUCAGAAUUCUACACCCACGAAGGCAGGAUUAUCACCUUCUAAUGUCUUAAUGACAAGUGCAGAAAUGUUUACCAAGUCGCUUUCAAAUUUCUUGUCUCCCUCGCCGCACGAAUCACCACGUCAAGAUGAUUCACACCCUACCACUGAAGUUCAAGGAGGUGUAGAACAACAAUUUCAAACUCAUCUGCACCCCCAGUCCCAGUCCCAGUCACAAGAUCAGGCACAACCACACGAAAAUACUGCUGCUAUGAAGGAAACCUACAAAAGUAUGAGGGAAGUAUUUCCAAACCUUGAUAAAGCAGUUUUGAAAGACGUAGUAUUCAUGAAUCAAGGUAAGCUCGAUGAAUCACUCGACGCCUGUUUGCAAUUAGUUAAUGACGUUUAA